UAAAAAAAUUCGAUUGUGGCAUUAAUGUAAAUAUAGCAAAAGUCAUGUCCAUUUCUUAAUCAAGCAGUUGUUGAAACCUGAUCGCCUCAUCAGCCCAUCAUUCCACAAUCGCACAAAAACCAUACUCUCCAACUCUCAUCGGUAUCAAAUAUAUUUCAAUACAUAAAAAUUGAAUUUAUUGUUUCAUCAAGGUUUCCUGAUUUUUUGAAUUGCGGAAACGAUGUCGUUGAGGCCGAACGCGAGGACGGAGGUCAGGCGGAGCAAGUACAAGGUGGCGGUGGACGCAGAGGAGGGGCGGCGGAGGAGGGAGGAUAACAUGGUGGAGAUCCGGAAGAAUCGAAGGGAGGAGAACUUGCUGAAGAAGCGCCGUGAAGGUCUACAAGCACAGCAGUUUCAGCCAACCGUCACUAUCCCUCAGCAGGUGGACAAGAAGUUGGAAAGUCUUCCGGAAAUGAUCGCUGGCGUUUGGUCGAAUGACGGCACACUACAACUCGAGGCCACAACUCAGUUUCGCAAACUUCUUUCAAUAGAACGAAACCCACCAAUUGAAGAAGUAAUACAGUCUGGAGUUGUUCCUCGAUUUGUUGAGUUUCUUGGAAGAGAUGAUUACCCGCAGCUUCAGUUUGAGGCAGCUUGGGCUCUUACAAACAUUGCAUCUGGAACAUCCGAGAACACCAAGGUCGUGAUUGAUCAUGGUGCAGUUCCCAUAUUUGUGAGACUUCUCAGUUCCCCUAGCGAUGAUGUUCGUGAACAGGCAGUUUGGGCGUUAGGAAACAUUGCUGGCGAUUCACCAAAAUGUCGUGAUCUUGUCCUUAGUUAUGGAGCGUUAAUGCCCUUGUUAGCACAAUUUAAUGACAAAGCAAAGCUAUCUAUGUUGCGAAAUGCAACAUGGACACUGUCAAACUUUUGUCGGGGAAAGCCACAGCCCCAGUUUGAGCAGGUGAAGCCUGCCCUCCUUGCUCUUGCUCAUUUGAUACACACCAAUGAUGAAGAAGUUCUUACUGAUGCAUGUUGGGCACUGUCGUAUCUAUCCGAUGGGACAAAUGAUAAAAUUCAAGCUGUGAUCGAGGCUGGUGUUAGCCCUCGUUUGGUUGAACUUUUGCUACAUCCUUCGCCAUCUGUGUUGAUUCCUGCUCUGCGCACUGUUGGUAAUAUUGUCACUGGAGAUGAUAUCCAGACUCAGGUUAUUAUUGAGAAUCGGGCUCUUCCUUGUCUGCUUAACUUGCUGACUCAAAAUCAUAAGAAAAGCAUCAAGAAGGAAGCUUGUUGGACCAUAUCAAACAUCACUGCUGGAAAUAAGGAUCAGAUUCAGGCCGUGAUUGAGGCUGGUAUAUUUUCACCUCUUGUCCAACUGCUUCAAAAUGCUGAAUUUGAGAUAAAAAAAGAGGCUGCUUGGGCUAUUUCAAAUGCGACAUCCGGCGGGACUCACGAGCAAAUCAAGUUCUUGGUGCAAGAGGGUUGUAUAAAGCCACUGUGUGACCUUCUAGUUUGUCCAGAUCCAAGGAUUGUCACGGUCUGCUUGGAAGGUCUUGAGAACAUACUGAAGGUUGGAGAAGCUGAGAAGAACCAAGGCAACACCAAAGACGUGAAUAUCUUUGCCCAAAUGAUUGAUGAUGCAGAGGGUCUAGAGAAGAUUGAGAACCUCCAGAGUCAUGACAACAAUGAAAUAUACGAGAAAGCAGUGAAGAUACUUGAAACAUAUUGGUUAGAAGAAGAGGAUGAGCAGCUGCCCUCUGGUGAUACUACACAACCUGGAUUCAACUUCGGAGGUGAACUUCCUGUUCCACCAGGUGGUUUCAAAUUUGGUUGAAGUGUAUUAUCAUGUUGUUUCUUCUACUGUAUCAACAGGGUGUUUCUUUCCUUAUUGGAAGUACUCGUGAUCUGGCCGGUCAAACUUUUUUUCAGAGUCAGGUGGGCUAUCUGUGUGUAAUGUUUUUGUGUUGGGUGCAGAUGCAAUUGUGAUUGGAGAGAUGCAGUAAAAAGGUUAGAUGGUAACACUUGUUGAAUGCAAGCUAAAACCACUUGAACAAUCCAUGUUUUAUCUACUUUCGGAUCUGCCUUAUCUAUUUGUUUUUCCCAUACGGAUGAGAUUGUCAUCAUACAUGUCAGUUACACUGUGUUAUGUUGGAGCAAAUAAUGAGAAAAGUGUCGUAUAUAUAAUUUUUUGUGAAUGUUCUAGUCGGCUUUACCUCGUGUUCAUAAUUUACUGUCUCAGCAGUUAGAUAGACAUAGUUUUGGUAUAUAUGAGAUAUUGAUGUAUUUUGA